AUGGCAGUAACAAGCCAGCCUGGACCUUUCUCCCCCUCCGACUUCCAGACAGGACUGUUCGACUGCUGUGAUGACUGCGGAAUAUGCCUGUGUGGAUACUUUUGCCUCCCUUGUAUGGGCUGUAAGAUUGCCAGCGACAUGGGUGAAUGCUGCUUAUGUGGCUUAGGCAUGCCAAUGAGAAGUGUGUACAGAACCAAAUACAAUAUUAAGGGCUCCAUGUGUAAGGACUUCAUGGUGACAGGCUGCUGUCUGACUUGUGCCACUUGUCAGUUAAAGAGAGACAUAAACAGGAGGAAGCAGCAGGGAAUGUUCUAAUCUCACUAAUACACACAAUGUUGUUACAGCCUUCACUGAAACACAUAGUGAACAGGGUCUUGCUAACACAACUACUGCAGUUUGCUACUGGUCUGGUUUCCACAGAGCCUGAUGUUUGUAGUAGUUGAUUGGGUAGUUGUACUCAUAGCUGUGAAUGGUUACGGUCUUAUCCUUUGUAUAGGCCCAAAUGGUAAAAAAAUCUCAGACAUCCUCAGGGCUAACUGACACUUUCAUUAUACACUAUUGUACAUGUUGUU